GAGAGAGGGGUGAUGAGCUGCAGAGUUCAGAGAUGAGAGGAAACAUUUGGUGACUGGGGGAUUAGAGGAUUACUGACGGCUGAGUCUCCAUCACCACCGUCACCACCGUCACUGUGUCUCUGUCUUUCUGUCUCUCUCUGUCUCUGUGUCUGUCUUUCUGUCUCUCUCUGUCUCUGUGUCUGUCUUUGUCUUUCUGUCUCUGUGUCUGUCUCUAUCUCUCUGUGCAUCCUCAGCGUCCUGCAGACUGUGAGACAGGAGCACGUUUACAGGGAUGAUCCGGGAGGAGAUGUCUGCAGGAGGCUGAGGCUCUACCUUCAGACGAGCCUUCAUCAUCUCUCAGAGGAACCAUGCGUCUCCUCUUCCUCUCCCUCCUCUCCCUCCACCCCCCCGUUGAUUCCUCCCCCUCCUGUCCUCACCUCUGCAUCUGCUACGAUAACGCCGACCUGGUGGACUGCAGGGCCCGGGGGUUCGAACAGGUUCCCAGGGGCCUCCCUCACGGCACCUGGCUCCUGGAGCUGGGAGGAAACAACCUGACGGAGGUCGGGCCCAGAGCCUUCAGGGGCCUCUGGUCCCUCAGGGUGCUGGUGCUCGCCGACAGCCAGAUACAGGAAGUGGAGCCACAGGCGUUUGUCUCCCUGUCGUACCUGGAGAAGCUGGAUCUGAGUUAUAACCAGCUGACGUCUCUCCCUGUCGACUUCUCCACCAGCCUGUCCGCCCUCAAAGAGCUGAGACUGGAGCACAACAGCCUGGUUUACCUAUCAGGACACAGCUUGGAGUAUCUGGACAACAUGGAGAAGCUGGACCUGAGCUAUAACCAGCUGGAGUCAGUGGGCCCCGGUGUGUUCAGGGGCCUCUCCCGACUCCGUCAGCUAUACCUGCACAACAACAGACUGAUGGGGGUGCAGAAGGGGAGCAUGGACAUGCUGCCUGCACUGGAGGUUCUGCAGCUGAGUAACAACAACAUCUCUCAGAUCGAGAACGGCGCUCUGGCUCCGCUCUACAGCCUGGCGGUUCUCGCUCUGGAGGGAAACAACCUUCAUCACCUCAAGUUCAAGACCCUCAUCAGCCUCCAUACCACGGCGACACAUAUCCAGCUCUCAGGGAACCCGUGGAACUGCGACUGCGACCUGCAUCGUGUCUUCAGUAAGAUCCUUUACGUUCGACACCUCCACAUCGACGACUACCACAAUGUGACAUGCCGCGAGCCGCCGCAGCUGGCCGGGUUCUCUCUGGCCUGGGUGGACAGCCAGCUGUGCGUUGCGGAGACGGCCACCGUGCUGGUCAUCACCAUCACCGUACUGGUCACCGUGCUGGCCGCUUUGGUGAUGGCUGAGAGGAACCGGAAGAGGAACAGGGGGAAGAACUGGGACACCGAGUCACAGAACCAAACCUCCAGCCCGGCGUCCUGA